AUGCAAGCACUGACCCCGACGACGUGGGAGGUUGGCAAGACGAGCGCUCAAUGGUGGUUCGGCCGGGGGAAGUCCGGAUUUGCAUCGGGAUCGAGGAAGAGAUCUAGCGCGAUUCGGGCCAGGAAGAAUAAGAGGAAAAGUGCGCGCGAGUGGAAGAAGGAGGACUUGGGCUACGGAUGA